UAAUGCAAAAGACUGGAGCUGGAUUUCAUACCGCUUCUACUUGUUUUUGGAACUGUGCAACUGAUGAAUAUUUUCAUGUGUAGACCACAACCUCCCAAAGAGUCUGUGACGCAAAUCAAGUGAUGAAUCUACAUGUGCACUGCAGACCUGCAGCUCGAUCAUUUAUCUAGAUUUAGACCCUACGCAGUAUGCAGUCUAUUUUUGGUUUUCAGUGAAGUGUCUUGAGUGGAUCGAAGAAGUAGAGUAAGUUACAGUGAAUAUCUAGCUAGCAGUGGUAUUGCAAUUGGACACUCAGAAAAAUACGUGAACAGAAGCUAUUAGUGUGAAGACGUAUAGAAUUGUACUAAAGUUUAUUAAUUUAGAUCUGUAUUAUUAUUGUUACAAUGUAGAUCUAGACUACUUCAAAAGUUCAGAGUGGAUUGACGUUCCUAUCAUCUGCGCAUGCGCUGCGAUAUUUGUUGAGCAUGGCUCGUGGACCGAAGAAGCAUCUGAAGCGUAUCAAUGCUCCGAGACAUUGGAUGUUGGACAAACUCAGUGGUCGCUUCGCACCGCGACCGUCGACGGGGCCCCACAAACUACGGGAAUGCCUUCCACUCAUUGUUUUCCUGAGAAAUCGUCUGAAAUACGCCUUGACAGGCGACGAAGUAAAGAAAAUUCUUAUGCAGAGACUGAUUAAAGUCGAUGGGAAAGUGAGGACGGACGUAACAUAUCCAGCAGGAUUCAUGGACGUUAUCUCCAUUGAGAAAACGAGCGAGCAGUUUCGUUUAAUCUAUGACGUCAAAGGACGUUUUACGGUACAUAGAAUUACUCCUGAAGAAGCAAAGUUCAAACUGUGUCGAGUCAGACGAAUUCAUACAGCUGCUAAGGGUGUUCCCUGUAUUGUGACUCACGACGGUCGAACCAUUCGAUAUCCAGACCCUCUCAUCAAGGUCAACGACACGGUCAAGUUCAAUCUGGAAACCGGGAAAAUCAUCGAGUUUGUCAAGUUUGCAUUGGGAAACAUUGUCAUGGUGGUCGGUGGACGUAACUUGGGUCGCGUUGGAGUUAUCACACACAGAGAACGUCAUCAUGGAUCGUUUGAUAUUGUUCAAGUGAAGGACUCUUUAGGGCACGUGUUUGCCACUCGCCUUAGCAACGUGUUUGUGAUUGGCAGCGGUAACAAACCUAUGAUCUCAUUACCGAAGGGCAAAGGAGUUCGUCUGACAAUCGCCGAGGAACGCGAUCGACGACUGGAGCAGAAAGCUAAACAGCAAAGCUCAGUGUAGACACCGAAUGUUGCUUGUGUGUUUACAUUCUUGCCUAUAUAUUCAUGUCUGAAUAGACAAUAUAAUGGCAUUCACAUUGA